ACCGCGCCGCUCCACCAGGAGUAGGUGUUGCUGUGUCGUCGCUCCGUCCACAACUGUGACGUAUUUCCUGGAGCUCUCGCCUCGUCGUGUCGUCGUCGGUUGUAACGCCGCGGUGCCAGACAACAACAAGCCGGGUCGAGCAGCAUGUAAACGGAAGCUGGUAAUCUGUGAUCGGUCCCAUCCGUCUCUCUGCACCUUCAUGUUCCGUGGGCAGGCCCGGCCCAAUAGAGAGACUUUGCUGCACUAGGAGGACUAAUGGCUUCUGGUCCUCCAUCUCCCCUCAAGGCCCGUAAGCUCAGGCUGCUAGAGUUGCUUCUGGGGUCUCUUCUCGUCGUGCUGGUUCCUGGACUGAGCCCGACAUUGGCUCAGAAGGUUUACACCAACACGUGGGCAGUUCACAUUCCCGGUGGUCCUGAGCAUGCAGCGCAGAUAGCGAGCAAACAUGGCUUCAUAAACCACGGACAUGCAUUUGGUGGUUAUUAUCACUUUCGUCAUCGAACAGUGGUGAAGAGAUCGUUGUCGGUUCACAGAGGCACUCAUGUUCGUCUUUUAAGAGAUCCCAAGGUGACCUGGGCAGAGCAGCAGGUGGUUAAGAAGAGGAAAAAAAGAGAUGUCUUUGUUGAACCGGCAGAUCCUGAAUUUAAAGACCAGUGGUAUCUGUACAACAGCAACCACAGAGAUUUGAAUGCUAAAGCUGCUUGGCAGUUGGGCUACACUGGCAAGGGAGUGGUGGUCUCCAUAUUAGACGAUGGGAUAGAGAAAAACCAUCCUGACCUGUCGCAAAAUUAUGACCCAGAUGCCAGUUACGAUGUGAAUGAUGGCGACCCUGAUCCUCAGCCCAGAUACACACAGCUGAAUGAUAACAGGCACGGAACACGAUGUGCAGGGGAAGUGGCCGCUGUAGCCAAUAACGGGAUCUGUGGAGUUGGAGUGGCUUACAAUGCCAAAAUUGGAGGCGUGCGCAUGCUGGACGGUGAGGUAACAGACAUGGUGGAGGCCCAGUCUCUCAGCCUGAAUCCACAACACAUUCAAAUCUACAGUGCCAGCUGGGGCCCAGAGGAUGAUGGCAAAACUGUGGAUGGCCCCGCUAAACUGGCCAAAGAGGCCUUUCUGCGCGGCGUCACAGAGGGCCGUGGCGGUUUAGGCUCCAUCUUUGUGUGGGCUUCCGGGAACGGAGGCAGAGAGAAGGACAGCUGUAACUGUGACGGUUACACCAACAGCAUCUACACACUCUCCAUCAGCAGCUCUACUCAGAAUGGCAACGUUCCCUGGUACAGCGAGGCGUGCUCCUCUACCCUCGCCACCACCUACAGCUCUGGCAACCUGAACGAAAAACAAAUAGUCACAACAGACUUGAAAUCUAAAUGCACAGACUCCCACACAGGCACGUCGGCCUCCGCUCCACUGGCUGCUGGGAUCAUCGCUCUCGCCCUGGAGGCUAAUAAAAACCUUACCUGGAGGGACAUGCAACAUCUGGUUGUGCGAACUUCUCACCCUGCUCAUCUUCUCACCAAUGACUGGAGAACCAAUGGUGUUGGCCGCAAAGUCAGUCACUCGUACGGCUAUGGUCUAUUAGACGCCAGUGCAAUAGUGUCUUUGGCAGAGACUUGGACGAAUGUUGGGCCACAGAGGAAAUGUGUCAUCACCAUGGUCAGCGAACCGAGAAACAUUGCCAGCCACCUAUCGAUCAACAAGAGCGUGGACGCCUGCUUUGGGACAGACAGCCACGUGACCUCGCUGGAGCAUGUCCAAGCUCGGCUGACCCUGUCCUACAACCGGCGGGGAAACCUGGCCAUCCACAUCAUCAGUCCUGCCGGCACACGCUCCACUCUGCUCCACCCCAGGCCACAUGACUACUCAUCAGAGGGCUUCAAUGACUGGGCUUUCAUGACCACACACUCUUGGGACGAGAACCCCAAGGGGUCGUGGAUUCUUGAGAUCGAAAAUGUGGCUGGUGCCAGCGACUAUGGCACACUGACCCAGUUCGUCCUGGUCCUGUACGGCACUGGUUCAGGAUUUUCCAGCACCUCUGUUAAGCCCCAGUCUAGCAACGAAGGCUGCAAGACCUUGGACCUGCGGCAGAUAUGUAUCGAGUGCAGCGCCGGCUUCUACCUCUUCCAGCAAGGUUGUGUGAAACGCUGUCCGCCAGGUUUCUCGGUGGGCUCACAGCCCCUCAACUACACAGUGGGGAACUCCCUGCUGCCGGCCUGCGUCCUGACCUGCCUGCCCUGCCCGCCGCCCUGCCUGACCUGCAGCAGCCUCAGCCCUCAGGCCUGCCUGUCCUGCCCCCCUCACAGCUCCCUGGAUCCCGUCUCUGGCACCUGCCUGCACCUCAACCAGUACAUGCGCGAGUCCCCCGGCAGCUUCAUGGUGGGCGAGGGAAACGCAGGCUCGAAGGCGGAGCUGCAGUCCCACCUGCCCAUCACCGUGGCCGUGCUCAGCUGCAUGGCCAUCAUGGCCACCUUCGCCGGCAUCUUCCUCAUGCUGCAGCUGCGCUCCGGUGCGCUCCUCAAGCUGCCGUCUCUGGAGGACGGCCGCGGGCUCGGAGGCACCUUCCGUCUGGGUGGAAACCGGGUGGUCUCGUAUCGCGGCAUACCGACCGUGUGGGGCGACGACGGUGUGAACACGGACUCUGAGAACGAAGAGUUUGACGCCCAGAACGAGAGGACUGCCUUUAUCAAAACACAAAGUGCUCUUUAACUUCACCCCCGUUUCAUCAUCUGGAAUCCCAACACAAUUUUUUUUUGAGAUAAUUCAGGGCUGAGGUGACUUUCCCUCUCCGUCCACUCUGGUCUUCUUUCAUUCUCCUCCCGAUUCCUGCUUCAUGUCUUCCUCUCCGCCGGGGGAGACCUGAUGAGGAGCUGCUGCCUCUGGGAGCUCCGGACAGCUCCGCCUCUGCUCCCUUCACACUCGAGCGCUUUUCUAUUAAACCCUAUCUCUCCCUCCUUUUGCCCCCAAUCAUGAACAAUGUGUGUCUGUGUGCUGCGUUUGCCCCGCCAGCUCCCCCUUUGUUACAGUAAACAAAUGAUUAUUGUUUGCUUUCUUUCCUCUCUGCUCUUCCUCCCCAUCAGUCUCGGUGCAGUAGCCCGAUGAGAUUGUCAAGUGUGUGUGUGUGCGCGCGCGUGCGUGUCCGUCCAUGUCUUAAUGCGACCGAGUGCUUUGGAGUGUAAAUCUGACAUUGAAACGUCCUUUAUGAGAAACCGAAGCCUCUAAAGUCACACAAGUUAAUGAAAAUAAGUGCAGAUUUGUUACGUUGAAAUCAUCUCAUAGCGUUUUUAAGUCACGUAGAACGCGUCUCUUGGAAGUACUGCAUAGACUUAGCAGUGGGACUACUCUUCCUUUCUGUCUGUGCAUCAUCAUCAUCAUCUUUUAUUGAUCAUAUCAUGCAGUGACUUUACUACGUUUGUGAUUGUUCACUUGAGCGUGAGGGGAGUUGUGGGUCGUCGCUUUCAUCUGGGCGAGCGAGGAGAGAACAAUACCAGCCGCCGAGCCUCCGAUGAGUCACCUGUCCUGACAUCAGUAUUGUCGCUCCGUCAGGCGACGUCACCGCCACUAACAUGACUCUUGGCUCGUCCAGGAAAUGAGACUUUAUUGAUUGAAGGGUGCUGCGUUAUUCCUGUGGAGUGGCCUGACUCUUGUCUUUUAACUCCUGCUCGGGCUGCUCCUCCAGCCGCUUCUAAAGCGUCAGGAUAACGGCAGGAGCAGCUGUUUAUGCUGGGAUUUUAAAAUCCCCUCCUGGAGGCAGGGUUCUGGUUCAAAACGUCCUCACUAGUAAUUGCUUGAAGUGUGUGUGCCAUCUUGCUGAGAGAGAGAGGUCGUCUCAUCGUUUUCUACCUCAAGUCUCUCAGCAAGAAUGAUCCGCACGUUUACGAGUUCAAGAAGUCCCGGCUUAUCGUGCGGCGACUCCAAAACUCCCUUCACUCUUAAAUGUAUUGCCUUUGAGAUGGGAACUCAUGAGCCGUCAGCGAGAACAGGUUUCUCUGCAUCCCGUCGAGUCGCGUUCGGCUGAAAUGGACCGGUUUGGGUUUUUAUCGCGGGGUUGUUCGGAGGUUCGCUGACAAUCAAACCAUCUCCUUGCUUGGAGAGCGUGACGGUGCACACUAUUUGAGCAGGGAGGUGGAGGCUUUUAUCUCAAGUAAUGUUAAACAGGAUGGUGGAAACAAAAUGCUUUCCUGCUGUGGAACUCUUGUGCAGGUGGGGUACACUCAUGGAAUAGAACAGGACGUACUAAAGCACGUGGAUGUGCAAGGGAAUUGCUCUGCAGAGAAAAAUAAUGUUGUGUUGCGAUGUACAUUAGUGCCUACUGCCGUUUUAGCCCCAUGAUCAUCUAGAGGCGUGUUAAACGCAGCAAACAGCCGCCAAUGGCCUCGCGCUGCGCCUAAAUUAUUGCUUUCAUUGUUGUGUAAAUCCAGAAACUGCUGAUGUUGCAUUUUACAGGCGCCACGACGUGGAACUCUGACCGUCACCGCCGCCCAUGAAUAAUUGAUGCUGGCUCUGGUCAGGAGUUUCAAAUUGUUGAUUCACUCACUACAGCACCGAAACUCUAAAACGAGUGGGAAACUUUAAAAGCGGCUCCACGUUUACAGAACUGCGACACUAAAUAGCGAGAAAACGGAAGACUUCUUUUAACGCUGAAAGAAUGUAGAACAAUAACAGCGUCAGGUCGGCGUGAUGGAGGCUUGGCCAUGCGCCGCUGGUGUAUUAUUCUGACAUGCUGCUGCGGUCCUGCCUUAGGAUGUAGUCUGAAGUGAUCCAUAUGAAGUCAGACGCUUGAUAGGAGCAAUAUCUUUGGCAUCACCAAAGACAAUCAUUGACAAUGUUGUCCGUCUCAUGUUAAGACGUUUUUACGUUCAGGUCCUCACUACCCACCCAAACAUCACACGUCCCUCAUUUCUGCCUUUUCGGAGACGAGACUGGAGCCCGGAGCUGCCGCCAGGGAGCCAUCAAUGCAUCUCCAUCGACUCAAGGGCUUAAUCAGAUCUGCGCGUGUCUUCAAGCGACUUUAGUGGCGGCGGGAGGGGGAGGGUGGGGUGGGGUUUGGGGUCAUUGCGUUGAUGGUCCUGAGAAGCUCCUCCUGGUGAGGUCCUGGCCCGUGGCUGCACACACAUCUUGCCACCUACUGCUAAUGUACAAGAGUGACUGUGUGACAUGGAACAUGACUCUAAAUAAGGCCUAUUUUUGUACAAUAAGAUUUGGUGCAGUGUAAUUUCUUGUAAUUUAAUGAUUAUUAUUUUGUUUUUCUUCUUUUUAUUUAAUUGAUGUCAAUUAUAGAUUCUACUAAAAUAAAGAUCUAUGCAAAUUUGAA